AUGUGUGCGUGUACUAGGUGUACACACGAUCUCAAACAAAUAUUGGAUGCAUCACCCCAAGGCGUAAUCUACUUCAGCAUGGGUUCCGUGCUGAAGGCAUCUGCAUUUAAAGGGAAUACCAAAACAGAACUCCUCCAAGUCUUCGGAAAUCUCAAACAAACCGUUUUAUGGAAGUUCGACGAGAAAAUUGAUGGUCUGCCAAAGAAUGUUCAUGUAAGGCCUUGGAUGCCACAGUCUAGUAUACUUGCUCAUCCAAACGUGAAGAUCUUCAUCACUCACGGUGGAUUAUUGAGCACAAUGGAGUCAUUACACUAUGGUGUCCCAAUAUUAGCAAUACCAGUGUUCGCCGAUCAACCGCAUAAUGCUGCAAGAAGUGUCGAAGCGGGGCACGCGUUACGGGUGAAAUAUUCACCGGAAAUGGCGCCGGAGGUAAAGGUUGCGUUGGAGGAAAUGCUCAGGAAUGACAGCUACUACAAGAAAGCCAAGGAAAUAUCGAAAUUAUUCAGAAAUCGUCUGAACAAGCCUUCAGAUCUAAUUACACAUUAUGUAGAAAUGGCAAUCGAAACUAAAGGUGCGCUUCAUCUCCGAUCAGUUAUCAAACAAUAUCAGUGGUACGAAUAUUUAAUGUUGGACCAAUUGUUGUUUAUAUGUGUUAUAUUGUAUAUAAUAUAUAGUGUUAUUAGGAAAAUGUUUAGUGCGUCAAAAAUUAGUAAGAGGAAAAAUGACUAG